AUGGAAAAGAUUAAUUUUUUAUUCAAACAGCAUCAAUUACCAUUUUCUUACAUAGAAACACCAAAACCUGAAGACUCGGAUCGUGUUAGUAAUAAAAUGCAACGUUUUUUCCCCUAUUUCACAUCAACAGACCUUCAUGUUGAUUGUUUAAAAAAAGUUGGAAUGAAACCAGUGGUAAAUACAACAAAUGUAAACAUAUUUAUUGGUAAGAUACUGCCUGAUGAAGAUUUUGAAGCUGUUAAACCAUGGCAAAAAUUAAGCCAUUUUCAUUCAGUAGAUUUAAUAGGAAGAAAAGACGAAUUUCAUCAAAGAAUACAAGAAUUAACAGAACGAAUGGGAUAUUCAGAAACUUUAUUCUAUCAACAAACAUAUAUUUUACCAGAUGAUUUUGAUAAGAUAAUAAAUGCAUGGUCAACAUCGCAAUACUGGAUAUUAAAACCAAGGGCAUCAUCAAAAGGCCAAAAUAUCGAAGUUAGAGACUCAUCUGAACAAACAUAUCCUCCAUACCCGUAUUUAGUACAAAAAUACCUUGACAGACCUUUUCUUAUCAUGGGUCGUAAGUUUGAUAUUAGAUUCUACACAUUAGUCACUAGUGUUGAGCCAAUGACAAUAUAUAUUCAUCGCCAUGGAUUGGGAUUAUUCUGUACAGUUCCUUUUGACAAAAGCAAGGGUGUUAAUGAGCCAAGAAUGCAUAUAACUAAUUGGGAGGUGAACAAAAACUCUGAGUUCUUCGUGAGACCUAAAGGAAUUGAAGAGAAACCUGAAGAUUCGAAGUGGUCACUUCCUUUUUUCUUCAAAUGGCUUCAAGAAAAUGGUUAUGACUCUGAAAAGAUCAAAAAAGACAUGGAAUAUGCAGCAAUCAAAGCAACCAUUGCUGGUAUGGAUAAAGUAAGAGAUUCUCAUAAGAAUCAUGUUAACAAUAGACAUCAAUGCUUCGAAUUACUUGGUAUUGAUAUGCUUCUUGAUGAAGAUUUAAAUCCAACAGUUGUUGAAAUCAACGUAAGUCCUGGAAUGACGGGAACAGACUCAGCACUAGAUAAAUGGAUGAAAACUGAAGUAUUAUUGGAUACAUACAACAUGGCAAGAAUUAUUGAUUGCGAUCCAGAAAUUGGAUGCGAUGCUGCCAAUAAAAUUUAUGAUUUUGAGAAAAAAUCUGUAUCAAAAAAGAGAAGAGAAAAUGUCGAAAAAGAGAUAAUAAGGCCAUGGGAUGAUCCUACUUUCAUGGAUAUUGAGAUCAUUAGAGAUUUUGUUGAUGAACAAGAGAGAUUAAGAGGAUUUCAUUUGGUCUUUCCAAACAAGGAAAAUAUGAUGAAAUACGAAAAAUGUUUUUUGAGGAAAACUUAUGCAGAUAUAGUUCUUAGGGACUGGAUUUUGAUGAAUGAUUCCGAAAGAAUUGCAGUUUUAGAAAGUCAUAUUGCCGAACACGAUGAUCAAAUUAAUAGCAUUGCUAAUGCAUCAUCAUGCAACAUAUGCUAA